AUGUCAGCAGCACAUCUACCGCCAGCGCCUGGCGACUACGAUACAUCCCAUUCCACCACCGUUCGCAAGUACAAUCGCACAUACGGGCUUGUUCCCCCAGCAGUCGAGAGCUUAGACGUCCAAGCUUCGAGAUGUCUGAAACAGCUAGAACGAAGGCCGCAGAGUAUCGACAAAUAUCUCUAUCUCAGCAGCCUUCGUAACACCAACGUCCACCUCUUUUAUCGCUUGGUCACUCAGCAUAUCAAAGACAUGGCUCCUCUCAUCUAUACACCAACUGUCGGCGAUGGCUGCUUGCAAUGGUCUCAUAAUUACGUCCAACCAGAGGGUCUGUACAUAUCCUAUUCUGAUCGUGGUCACAUCGCGUCAGUACUGCACAAUUGGCCGCAGGUAAAUGUCGAGAUCACCGUUGUCACAGAUGGUUCUCGAAUCCUUGGGCUAGGGGAUUUAGGCAUCAAUGGCAUGGGCAUACCUGUUGGCAAGCUUUCUCUUUAUGUGGCCUGCGCAGGGAUCCGUCCGGAGGCCACUUUGCCGCUUAUGCUGGAUCUGGGUACUGGAAACAAGUCACUAAGAGAAGAUCCACUGUAUAUGGGAAGCAGGAGAGAAAAGGUUUCCGCUCAGGAAGAAAAAGAAUUUCUGGACGAAUUGAUGGUGGCAUUGACGGAGAAAUGGCCUGGAAUUGUCAUCCAGUUCGAGGAUUUUAAAAACCCUUUCCCAGCACUCGAAACCUAUGGAGGCAAAUAUACAUGUUUCAACGACGAUAUCCAGGGGACUGGUGCCGUAGUUCUGGCGGGAAUCAUCAGCGCUGUGAAACGAACCGGUGUUCCGGUCAAGGACCAGAGAGCCGUAUUUUUCGGAGCUGGUAGCGCAGGUGUGGGUGUGGCGAAGCAGAUUGUAGAGUAUUUCAUGCGAGAAGGGCUGACAGAGGACGAAGCACGGCGAUGCUUUUGGCUCGUCGAUACUAAAGGUCUUGUGACUAAUGACCGAGGGGACAAGUUGGCGGAGCACAAGAUCUAUUUCUCUCGCGACGAUAACGCUGGAAAGCAGUACAAGACCCUUGAGGAAGUGGUGGACCAUGUGAGGCCUACAAUACUGAUGGGGCUUUCGACAAUAGGAGGGGCUUUCACGCCAGAUAUGCUGACAAAAAUGGGGCAAUGGAACGAGCACCCAAUCAUUUUCCCACUCUCGAAUCCAUCGGCGAAUUCGGAAUGCACUUUCGAAGACGCCCUUAAACAUACCAACUACAAGGCAUUGUUCGCGAGUGGAAGCCCUUUUGCCUCAAUCGAGCAUGACGGGAAGCUUGAGACUCCCGGGCAAGGCAACAACAUGUAUGUCUUCCCAGGCAUUGGCCUGGGUACGAUCCUUUCGAAGGCAACCACCAUCACUCAGUCCAUGAUAUACGCCUCUGCGACGUCACUAAGCACUUCUUUGCAUCCUUCUGAAGUUUCUCAAGGCUGGCUGUAUCCAGAGCUCGCUCGGAUACGAGACGUGAGUGUUAUCGUUGCAAUGGGAGUCAUCAAAGCUGCACAAGAAGCGGGCGUGGAUCGUGAGCAAAGCAUCAAGGGUAUGGGAAAUGAAGAAUUGGAGAAAUGGGUGAGAUCGAAGAUGUACGACCCAACUACAGAAACGCAGAGGGUUGAGGAGGAAGUCCAAGGAUUGACGGAUCCCUCGAAAUGGGGAGGGAACCGAGGAUCCCACCUACCCAAGGACGAUAGAACAAUGUGGAAUCGAUUCAGUGGCAAACCUCAUGAUUCAAAUUAUGAUUUGCCCUCACAGAGUAUUCGGCGCGACGAUGAUGAACAGCGACCUCGUGCGCAUCGCUCCGAUUCUAUAGCGUCUUCCAACUCGAAUAAGAAAUUCUCUUCCCGGGCUGACGAUCGUGCUCCACGAGGCUUUAACCCUACAUCUACAAGCUACUCAUCUACUACCCGAGGGCAAUAUCCUGGAGCAGCAUCGGCUUCCAUAGCAUCGAGCUACGCAACAGCAUCCGGAAACAACAACUGCGAACCAUAUGUGGCGCCUGGUUUAGUCAGAAAUGCCAGCCUCGCAGACCAAAUGCAGAGGUCGAAAUCCUCGCGCUCCUCGCGCGAUCAGGACGAGGCUCGCGAAAUUAAGGACAAAAAGCGGGACAAGACAGAUAUAUUUGAUGGCCGCGAUCAAGAUAUUGAGAGACAGCGAAAGAGGGACAAGCGAGACAAGAAGGGCAGAAGCUUGAGAAGAUCUGAGAAUGGACUCGACGAAGAGGUCGGAAGCAGCAGAGGUCCUGACGAUUUCCCUGAUCAGGUUGCGAGCUCUGGUUUCUCGCAAUUCCCUGGCCAGAACGACGGGGCAAUACCAGGACCCAACGGCGCCGCACCCGAACAUCCAGCCAUGUCCUCCCAUGUGCAAGAUCAGUUUCCCGGUCAAUUUCCGACUCAGUCCUCUGCUCCAUACCGUCCACCACUGGCCGCCAGCGAAGGAGGUCCUGGACUCGCGGCUGAAUACUAUGGUGAUGAUGGGCAGUCUGUUGCAGAACAGCCUGGAAAUCGGGCAAAUACGCCAUCUCUUAUCAUUGGGGCAGAACCUCACCUUCAGCCUGCAUUGGCUGUGGCAGCCCCGCCACCAGAGCCGAGCGCUUCUGGAGCGGUCGGUGCGGCAGCGUCCUUCUUCAGCGGUGAAUUUGAAGAAGAUGAAGCCGCAUCGACCCACGGCCAGCAGAAUGCGUCAACAUACGUCACAAGCCAAAUCAGACCCAACAGCAACCACCAUUCAUCUUCAGCCCCAAUCAUACCCACCAUAGGUGGGACAGCCAUAGGAUCGGCUGCUGGCUAUCUCAUUGACAGCCAGACCUCAACACAUCAGCAGCGCACGGAUCAUAAGUCAUCAAUAGGAGGAGCCCCUAGUGAAUAUUCUGCCGUCACGACUCAACGCCCGCCGUCUCAAACACAAGCCUCACAGUACUCCAGCAAGUCUCAGCCACCAAUGCUAGGCAAGCAAUCAUCUCAGUCGUCUAACACCCCGAUUUAUGCAACCGGGGCAGCAGGCGCCACAGGGUUGGCGGCAGCAGCAGCUUACGAGCACAAUCAUCACUCUUUAGAUCACAAUGUCUCGUCAGCGCCUCAAUAUUCAACAACCUCCAUGGCUCAGCGACAUCGCAAUAACGGUCCCUUCGGCGCGUUGCUGGACUUCUUCAAAGAUCCUGAAGGAGUAGCUCAGUUCGAAGAAUACUCUCAGAUCAUAGGUGUUUGCAGGAACUGCUUCGCGCCGGGAUCCUCAACAAGAGAUGCUCCGAGAAAACAUCUUUAUGGGAGACGACAAUCAAAUGAGCGGUACGGCAGCAGUACGCGCGUCGACAAAGAUAGUCGAUAUUAUUCUUCCGACAAUGAGGGUCGACGGAAGAGCAACAAGUCCUGGCAGGCCGCUGGUCUCCCGGGCUACGGGCUGGCAAAACUUGGAGAGAGCUUGUUUCAAGAGAAGAACGACUAUGAUGAUACCUACAGUGUGAAAAAUGGGCGCUUCUCGCCGGAUGGGGGGGAUCGUAGAGCACGCCGUCGAAGUCGCUCCAAAGAGCGUUUCGAAAUUGAAAUUACUGGUGAUGGCAAAUCGGACAGAAAAGAACCGCGUAAUGAUACUUCCACGGGCACGAAAAGGCUGACAUAUAGCACGGGUCGUCAAUCAGGAACGAGGUCUAGAUCAAGAGAUCGAAAGACUGGCUUGACCGAAGCUGCUAUUGGCGCAGCACCAGAAACCUCCGCGGUCGCGUCGAGCUCUCGACGUCGGAGCCGCUCUCCGAAACGUACAUCCGUUAAAGGUAAGCACAAAGGUCAAGAAGCCUCGCCUGAGAGACGCCACAAGACCAAGAAGAAGAAGAAGAGAGACAGAAGCUUCUUCGGGUUCGGCAACGGAUCAUCCUCGUCAUCUAGCGUGGACUUGGCAUAUACUGGUGGUCAAGACAAGCACCGAAGCAUUAAACGGUCGAAUGGCAAGUCCAAAGAUGAUAAGAAGGCCGAAGCAGCUCUACUGGGCCUUGGCGCGGCGGCAGCAGCGCUUGCCCUGAACGAUAGUCGUCAAGGUCACCGAAAGAAUGGCGUAAGAGAACUCGUGGGGGCGAAGAAGACAAAAGGUCAUGAUGGACAUGGCUCCGGACAAGCGCACAGACCCAAGAAAUCUUAUGGAAACCUUGACGACGAACUUUGGGAAUCGGCUGCAGAAGACGACUACGAGAGCAUAGAUUCCGACCUGGCGUACGGUGCGCCAGUACGCAGGGAUAGUCGAGCAUCAUUUUCUUCCAAGUCAUCAGGAACCAAUAAGUGGGGUUGGCGUUGGGGCAGCAAAAAAAAUCGGAGAGCGUCUUCCCCACGGCGAAAGUCAUCUGACCAUAGUAGCUUUCCCCCAGUAGCUAGUGCGACACGUUCAAGUCUAACAGGUGCGGCCAUGACGCCUCAAGAUCAGCCUCAGGGGAGUGCGAUGGACAGUACAAGCAGCCUUCCCCUGCAGCAUGUCUACCCAGUGCCGACUUCUGAUCCUUCUCGCUUCGACGUUGGGCGAGAAGGUUCAAUCGUGUCUUCGAGUAGACCGGUCAUGUCCUCUCGGCCAGAAGCUGUUCCUCUUCAACAUCCUCGCCCAAUAGCCCCCGUUUCAGCAUCAAUCUACUCAAGUCAAACGGCGUAUGAUCAUUCUCAUAGUGCGCCAAGUGGUCCUGCUGUGUUCUCCCAAACUCCGUAUCAUCAUCAUCCGGGAACAUCUGAUGAUCGACAUAGCACUCACGAAGCCAGCAUACCUGGCAGCUUCCCUCGCGUCGAGCAACCGGCGGAUGACACUGCUCGCGAUUUUAGGAUACGGAGGAGAGACACAUCCCCUGGAAGAUUCGGAGAAGACUCUAUAUCGAGCUCCAUGGCACCUCCGCGCCGAACUUCCGUGAGAGACGAAUCCUCUGCAGUUCGAUUCGAUCUGACAGAAGAGCAAGAAGAAAGAGAUCGCCGCGAGAGGCGUCGGAAGAGAAAGGAAGAUAAGGAGCGUCGCGAAGCCGAAGAGCAAGAGCAGGUUGAGAAGGAUCGUCGUGUCUCAAGGGAACGAUCAAGCAGAAAAUUAGGCUCGAACACCAAGCCGGAGGAAGUUCUUGAAAAAUCUUUUGAAAAAUCAUGGGCCGGUCCCGCCGCUGCUGGAGUCAUUGGGGCCGCAAUUGGUGCUGCGGCUGCAACAGACAGGUCGAGAUCUGAAGAGACGCGGGAGGAACGCCGCGAACGUCGACGGAAGGAACGUGAACUCGAAAACGAAGAAGAUGCUCUCAGCAAAAGCGAACGUCGACGAAGGCAGCGGGAACGUGACGAUCAAGAAGCCGCAAUCAAGGAACGCGGAAAUCUACCUGACGAGAAUUCUGCGUCACGCGGGUACGUGGAUCACGAAGAGCGUUCUCCGGAGAAACAGGACAUGUCUGUAUGGCAAGAAGCGGCAAGCACCAAGCGAAGCUCUGUUCAUGAAAACUAUGGUGCUUUCUUCACCCCACUCGAACUCCUUAACAAAUCGAGUGACCAGAUAAAGAUUACAAGUGCUAAUGCUGACGCUGAUAUUGAUAUGGAACAAGUCCCACAAAUUGUCACAGUGGAGCCAAAGCGAAUCCGCGAUCUCUCUGACUCGCCGGCGUUCUCGCUCGUGGACACCGACGACAAGAUCGAUCCUUCAAAGUUGUCGUUUCCUUGGCAGGUACCAAAGCUCAGGCUUGUAGAGCCGACUCCGCCUUCAACCAGGGGCUCCACACCCAUUCCCCAACCUAAGGAUGCCGGUGACGAAGGCUUCGAAGAGCCUCGGAAGGAGCCUUCGUCUUCAAAGGUCAAGUGGGGAGAUGACCAGACUCACGAAUACACAAUUAUCGCUCCAAAGGAGGACCACGAUGAAUCCGUCGAGCCAUCCUCUGGGGACAUGAGCGUACCAGAUCCAGUAGAUUUAUCAAGCAGCACGCACGAGCGUGACUUGCCGGAUCAUGAAAUGCACCCGCGCAAUGACUCAACAAUGGAAAGUAGCUCAGCAAUUUAUGGUGAGGAUGCUGCAUUCGCGGCCACGUUAGCCGCCAGUGCAGAAGAUGCAGGCUUCGAUCCUUCUAUUGUCAUCAAUAACCCAACAUACCGACGUCGAGACUCACCCCCAGGAUCUAACGAAAACAGCAUGCCUGGCGGAUUCGAUGAUGAGAACGAGCCACGGCUUCACAAGAAAGACCGGAAGAGAAAGGAGAAAGCUUCUAGACGUCAGAGUCGAAACGACGGUCCCAACGGGCGAGAUGACGAUACAAUUGUGCAGGAUAUCAUCAGCCAAGUGGAAGAAUCUGAGUUUCAACCUCCAAACCAGGUUCCGCUAGAGAAACUAGAUGACGAGUGGGAGAAACCAAAGAAAACUAGAUCCAGGAAAUCCAAGAAAAGUCAAAAGGGCUCUGAGUCUAGGGACGAUCUCUUCGAGACGUCUGAAACUACGAGUAAGGCUCUAGAUUCGGAGAGCCGAGACGUGUACGAGUCGCCUACUGAAGAUGUUCGCUCCAUCGAGUCAAUCAGCAAUAAAGCAGAGAGCGGCAGGAAGUCCCGCAAAAAGUCAAAACGAAAUAGUACUGGCUUUGAUGAUGCUGCGUCUACCGUGCCUUCCCCAUCUACGAACGAAGCUAGCAAAGACCCCAAUUCCGAACCAAAGGAGAAGCGCAAAGGUAGCAUCUGGGAUCGGGUCCUUGGUAAAUCCCCUGGCAGCCUUCCGCAAGAAGACGGUGCCAAGGACGUUACAGACCAGUCAAUUUUGAAGGACUUCGGGGAACCUAAGAUGAAGAGUAAAAAGACCGAGGAACGGAAGUCUAGUCGCGACGGGGACGACAAUCACGACAGCAAAGAUCGAAGCAGCAUUGGAGGCACCGUGCCGCAAGUUUCAGGUAGGAUCUCCCAAGACCUACCGGUAAAGGUAUACACACCAGUCCCCAGCGGUCGUGCAUACUCGAAAGAAUUGCUGAACAACUCUCAGGAUCACGGAACUAGUCUGCCCCCACUCUUUUCAGACGCGGGCUCAGUGGCCCAAUAUCUAGACCGUGGUAUAAAAGCGGAGCAAGUUGAGGAAAAGCAGCCAGAGUCUUUUUUAGGGAUGCGCCCAGAACCACCGCCGCCACCUGACACACGUGCUGAAAGUGAGGCGCUUUCCGAUCUCUCGGAGACGACCAGCCUCCCAGCCACACCUCACGCUGAGUCUGAGACUCAGAGCCGGCGUUUCUCAGAUGCUGAAACCUCUAGCCCAACACAGACCACGGCUGCUCUUCCGUCCUCGCCUACAGCUGUACCUUUCCAUUUCCGUCGACCAGGCCGCUCAUCUAGUACCGCUCGAUCUCUGUCCCAAACGCCAUUUUCCUCAAACAAAUCGGCGACUGAUCUCACUCCGAAACAGAAGACACGUCCUCGCUCCACGGAGUUCAAAUCCUCAAAAGAAAUCAGGCCCUUGUGGCCCGUAGAAAGACACCGAUUACACCAGGAGCCAAACGCUGACGAAACUUACCCUUCUCUUCCUUCAAGCCAUACAACCUCAAGGAGCUCAUCUGUCCACAAUCUGGAGGGAAGUGAACACCACCAGAGGGGACCCUCCGGAUUGAACGAGGCAGAGCAUGAGCCGAUUCAAUCAGCGCCAGUGACCUCCACGGAUAGUCACCCAAUACAGUCAGAUCUGCUUGAGUCACAAUUGGCGACCUCUCCUACUGCAUCCUCUUUCCAAGAUUCAAGGACCGUUAAGGAUUUGCUGUCUCCGCAGGCUAGUAGAGACUCGUCUCCCAAAGUAAGCGCCGAGGAAAAUCCUCACGAGUCAUCCUCUACCUUGAAAAGCGCUGUUUUAGGUGCCGUCCUAGGAGGCCCUGCCGCUGUGGCUCUGAAUGAACCAAUUCAGAACAAUGCUCCAAUACUGCAAGACCUGUUCCGAGAAGAGAACGAGGAUUUCGAGCAUGCUUUAGAUGAUAUGGUUCUGGACACAAUAGCUUACCCGUCCUAUAAUAACGCUCUUGGUCAAGGGGAGGACUUUGUUCCUCAAAAGACCAGGAAAGGCAAGAAGAAUAAGCGGAAAGCCGGCCAAUUUCAACAAGAAACAGUUCAACCAUCUUUUGGAGGGGCUGUGGAGGCUAAGCCAAGCACGAACUCCAUAGACGUGGAGCUUCUGAGCCCCGGAACCACGCGCCAAAUUCAAGAACAGGAUGCCCAGGAUGCCGUGGAUUCAUGGUUCCCAUCAGUUCUCCCGUCAAGUAAAGGAAAGAAGGGCAAGAAGGGCAAAAGCAGGGGGCUUGCUGAGAGAUCACCGGAAGAAAAUGGACCAUUCCCAGAUACUUACGAGCCUCCCAGGGACAACCUCAAAAACACAGUACCAGCAGGAGGUCAAGAAAGCGACAUUCUGACGCGACAAAUGUCUCGAGAGCAGAUUGUGGAUAUCAUGACUGCCGUCGCGCAAGAUGCGAACAAGGAUGAAAAGAAGGCAUCGCAAUCUGCGACAGCUGUGGUUCAAGAGCCUUUCGAGACCCUGGCCGAAGAAAAUCGCAGCGAGUCGAAAGUCAAGGAGGACAACAAAGGACAAGAGGACCUCCCUCAAGACGGCCUCCAAACGAAGACCUUUUCCAAAGACGGAUUCCCACAAGAAGACCUCCCCCAAGACGGCCUUGCACAAGACAACCUCCCUCAAAGCGGUCUUCAACAAGAGACUCUGCCCAAAAACGAACCCACACACAGCGAGCUCCCACAACUCGAAAAUAAUCAAGAGACCCUCCCCCAAGGUGACUUCCCCCUAGUCAACCUCCCUCGAGACGACUUCUCACAUUCACAAGACCCACAACGCGGAAGCCUGCUAUCUUCAUCUGCUCCAGAUCAGAUUACUUUUACAGACCCUUUCUUAAAACAAAGUCACAGGAAUGUGCUAGAGUCACCCAAAGCCAAUCCCGCGUCUCAAGAAGAACUCGAUCCUGGUGACUCGACAAAAGCGAUAUCGCCACUGCUUGAGCUUUCUCCAAGAGCAACACCAUUACCCAAUGUUGAUGAUGAUCAUGACCUCUUGGACGAGCGGCUAGAAAUUCCAGUCUCUACAUCUUUGGAUCGUUCUGAUGAUAAGGAAAUGGAAAUUGCUGCUGGAAACCCUUUAGACGUCCCACAUAUACAUGAUCUAUCUGCCGUCCUACCUGAACUACAAAAACAAGCACAAGAUCUUACGUCUCAAGCCGAGCAAGUUGAUCCAGGUGACUAUUCCGCCGUUCCGUCUAAGAAAAAAUCCAAAAAGAGCAAAAAGGCUAAGCAGAGCUGUUCGGUUGAAGAAAAUGAGCAGACUGAGAUACAAAAAAUGGAUGGACCAUUACCUAGUGUUAAUACUUCUACAACGCUCGAAGAAGAUUGGCCAAAAGAUUCGAACGACGAACCUGCAAUGAAGGUUCUCCAGGAGAAGUCCGAAACGUUGGAUGAUGGAUGGGAGGGCUCCACUAGCAAGAAGAAGGGCAAGAAAGGAAAGGUGACCAAGCAAAGCAUUUCGGUUGAGAACAGCAAGGCCACCGAAAUUCAAAGACGACAGCAAUCGCUACCUUACAUGGCUGCGUCUGAAGCGCCUGAGGACCAUGAAGCCAGGAAAUUGAUUGACGAGUCUGCAGUCGAUGUCUCCCAGUCCAAGACUGAGCCCCUAGAGGACGAAUGGACGGCCUCCAACGACAAUAGGAAAGGCAAGAAGGUUGAGAGGCAGAGGUCGAAGACAUCAAGUUUGGGGCUUUCACCGGACGAAACAGAGCAUCAAUUCGAGCGACAACCAGACGCCAGAGAUGACAUGAACGAUCGCGCUUUGUCCUUGGCCACAACGCGGACCUCCCAAGAAGUCGGUGCUAUGCUAGGACUCGAUGAAACUGAAGCCUCCAUCGAAGGCGAGUCGAAGGAAGCCUUCCCAAUUGAGUCUCAAGCAGAGCAUAAUCUACGGAAGCCUUCAGAAGAUCAUAUUUCAGGCAGCUAUGAACAGAAAAUGCCCGUCUCAUACGAGCCAGAGACUCCGCACUCUAAAGACGCUCCUGAAAAGGCGCAGGAUGAUGAAAUAUUCCUGAAUCUGCACACGCCAGUCGCUGGCACAAAUGCUGCUCAACGUGUACAGGACAUCUUGGUGGGGGAGAACAAUGCGGAGUCUACUACUGAUGCUAAGAGGGAAGCCAUGGUGGCAUCUACGAGCAUGGAAGAGAAAGCUACUGAUAGGCCAAUAAAAGAAGAUGAACUGGUUGGGGAUGCGCCAAAAAAGAAGAAGAAAAGCAAAAAGGGUAAGAAGAACGAAACGUUCUCAUGGGACGAGCCCGAAAUCAAGCCUGAAACGACAGAGCCGGCAGAGGUCUCAGAUCCACCCGGUGCAACGAACACUCCGCUCGAACAAGAGCCUGCGCCUGACAGGCCAAUGGAAGAAAAUGAGCUGGAUCGUGAUGCUCCGAAGAAGAGGAGAAAGGGCAAAAAAGGGAAGAAGAACGAAGCGUUCUCGUGGGACGAGCCCGAAACCAAGCCUGAAACGACAGAGCCGGCAGGGGAUCCGGGUCCACCCGGUGCAAUGAACACUCCGCUCGAACAAGAGUCUGCGGCUGACAGGGUAAUAGAAGUAGACGAACUGGAUCGUGAUACCCUGAAGAAGAAGAAAAAGGGCAAAAGAGGAAGGAAGAACGAAGAAUACUCUCUGGACGAGCCUGAUAUCAUGAAGCCAGCGGAGCCCUCCGAUCUACCCGCUGCAAUGAAUCCCUAUUCAUUGGAACAAGAGCCCGCGGUCAAGGCGAUCGACGAGGUUUUCUCUAAACAGUCCAAGAAAGACAAGAAGAACAAGAGGAGCAGAAGAAACGGUGUUUCGAGAGCCGUCAGUGAUUUUCGAGACGGAGAUGAGCCCAACAUCAUCCCUAUUGAAGUUCCACAAGAUGAUGACAAGACGGAGGAUCUUCCCCCAAGUGCCAGUGAUUUCCAGGAAGAGAUUGAGCCUAGUAUCAUCCUUACUGAGGUUCCACAGGACGACAACAAAGUGGAGGAUCUUCGCGAGAUUACCCGCGAUUCUCGAGACGAAGUUGAGCCCAGUGUCGUCCCUACUGAAGUUUUACAAGAUGACGGACAGGUAGAGGAGCGUUCCGCCGUUGAUCGCCAAUUAGUCACCCGUGAUGUUCGAGAAGCAAAUGAGCCCAAUUGUGUCCCUACUGAAGCCCUACAAGACGACGACAAGAUGGAGGAUCUUCCUGCGGUUGGCAUGCCACGCAUGAGGGCAGAAAUUGGUGCACCUGGAGAGGUAGUAGAGCCAGCAGUAACAACAAAAUCUGCUCAGGGUAACGAAAAUGAGGAAUCACGCGAGGCACCGUUGGAACAGGAGCAAGACUUGAUGCCACCAAAAGGCAAGAAGGACAGAGAGAAAACCAAGAACUCUAAGAAGUCCAAUGCCUUAUCCCCAGAUGAUUGUGAAGAUCCUGCGCUUGGACACGGGCAAAUAGCCGAAAUCAAGGCUCUUGAGACAGACGAAAUAGAACAUAUGACUCCUUCCAGUGUCAAGGUUGUUGAUGAGCCUGAAAAGACUGUUCAAAAGACACAAUUAGAACAGCAGGAGGAAGAUUACACGCUACCCACAAAUGAGAAGGACGAAAAGAAGUCCAAGAACUUCGUCGCCUUUUCUCUAGAUAGCGAUGUUUCUCCCACACUUGAAGAUGAGCCAGUAUCCAAACCUGAGAAUCUUGAGAAAGAAUCGCUUAAACAGACACCCCCUUCCAGUGCCGACACGGUCAAGGAGCCUGGAAAAUGUGUGGAAGGUCUUCCUGAGGAGACGAAAGAUCGAGAAGAGACCGAGGAAGCGCAACCGUUCGAAUGGAAGAACGAGGAUAUCACUGCGCAGUCUGAGCAGGAGACUGCCCAGGAGCUCAACAAAGAUUCCGAAAUUGACAGCAAAGUCAACCCGCUAAAUGCUUGGGGAGAUCUCGUCAUGGUGGGAGGCAGAGGCGAGGAACCUAUGCACGGGUACUUCGACUCUGUCUCAGCACAUGCCGCUGCCUCUGAUAUUCCUCACAAAGCCACUUCAUCAGUGGAGUCAUCUCCAGAGCAGCCGACCGUUGCGUCGGAGGAGAUAACCGCUUACCGUGCCAACGAAAUGAAAAGCAACAUCGUCUCGGCAGCCGAGACCGAUAAUGACUCUCUGUAUAGCGUCAAGCUAAGCAAGAAAAACGAAAAGAGGACAAAGAAGGCACUACCGUUGACUUGGGAGGAGGACGGGCUCUCUCAGGAGCCCAGAGCUGUUCUCACUGAAUCUAGCGCUACAGAAGAUCUGGGCGAACCGUCGAUCAUCCCUGUCUCACAAGAAAGCGGUUCUUGGUCGAAACCAGAAAUAUCCGCCGAGGAGAUCGUGCCUACGGAGAUCGUCCAGCCGGGUAUGAGGUCAGAAGAAGAUCAGAGAUAUCAAGGAAGUGUAUUGGAAGACCCGCCAUCUCAAGCGAGAGAUGACAUUCAUACAAUGGUUGAAGCUGAACAGGAAGAAAGCUUUGCAAACGGCGAAAGGACCAAGACUGAAAAGCUCUCUAUCUACGAGCCGGAGGAAGAUCGGUCUGCUGCGGAUGACAAAGAACUUGCAUGGGUAACGGCUACUAGCGCUGUUCAAGGUAAUGAACACCCGUCGAAGCAGCAGCCUAGAGACGACUUGAGUACUGCAGGGGAGAUACGAUCUAAACAAGAAGAAUCUGCGGGAGGAAUGAAAAGGGACCAAACUCCCAUUCUGACGGAGUCCGGAAUGAUUGAAGAGGCAAAGGACGAGGAGUUACUCUGGGACGUGUCAGUCCAGAGGGCCGAGGAACCCGAAAAACAAGACAAAGACGGGCAAUGGGGUGAGCUUAUAGUUGGGAAUUUGUCUUCCUCUGCGGCUCAGGAGGCUGCUCGAGAAACGGCCAAAACAGUCCGAAACACGGAAUCUAUCACAGAUCUCGAGCCGCUUAGGGGUACUAACAUAGACCAGCCGAACCCCCCAGGGGGCGUUAAAAGAUUAGACGCACAAGAGCAACGCGACGACAACAACGAGGAGUAUGAGAAAGAGCUUGAACGGGCAUUACCGAACACAGAACCUGUCGCAGGUCUCGAGCCGCUUGGGGGUCCUGACAUAGAUAAGCCAAUUCCCGCAGUGGAGGUCGCAAUGUUAGAUGCACAAGAACAACGCGACUACAACGAGGAGUAUGCAAAAGAGCUUGAGCGGGCAUUACCGAACACAGAACCUGUCGCAGAUCUCGAGCCGCUUGGGGGUCCUGACAUAGAUAAGCCAAUCCCCGCAGUGGAGGUCGAAAUGUUAGACGCACAAGAACAACGCGACUACAACGAGGAGUAUGCAAAAGAGCUUGAGCGACAAUUGAGUCCGUUGCAGGAAGGCGAGCGUGCCGAUCCCUCGCGUGAUGAAGCCCAUACACCUGUGUUCUCUCAAUCAAGCAUUGGUUCGGUAAUGGAGAGACCAUACGAAGAAGAGCACAGACCGUUAGCACGACCUCCGGCUCUGGAAGACAUCAUUGAAGAAUCCAGAUCAAGAUCUGCCUCGGUUCAUGGUAGUCCCGUCGAUCAGGAGGAUGACUAUUCACCUGUCAAAUCAACCAAGAAAGGCAAGAAAGGCAAGAAAGGCAAGAAAAGCAAAAAGCAGCAGCCGAUCAUUUGGGAAGACGAAACUGCAACGCCGCCACCGGAGCCGGAAAGCGAUCAAAGAGCAAAGCCCUCUAUCAGAUCCACAGAAGCUCCGGGCUCGCGGGACACUGACGCUGCUCGGCCCCUUGAAUUGGAAGAACCGAUAGACCAGCGGUCUCUCGAAGACAGGACAAUAGCUUCGCCUACCGGAUAUCUCGAUACCGCUGACAACAAUUACUUAAUUGAGAAUGAUGGGUCAGAUGACUACUUUAAUAUCCCGCCAAGCAGACCAGCAGAGGAAGAUGUGGGAAGGGAAGACACUCACGAGUUCCGUCGGGCUCUCUCUACUGGGCCGCCGUGUUCUAGCAGAGAUCGAUCUCCAGCUCGAGAACCGCAAAUAGAUCAAGAUGGUCACCUGAGAGAUGACGCCGUCACAGCUUAUGAUCGAGAUGGAAAGCUUAGGUCUCUCGCUACGGACUUCCAUGACAAAUUAAGAACAGAGGUAGAGCCAGCUGAAGAACAAGUCAAAGACAAUUGUGAUCCUGCUCCCCUAAAAAGUACUAAGAAAGGCAAGAAAGCCUCGGCGAGGGAGCCAAGCCCUCAGACUCUAGGGCAGGAAAGUCUCAUGGACCAACCCCAAGACUUGGAAACCCCAACCAUGGACACUUUGAAUGAGAGAUCGACUUCUCAGCAGCAUUUCCUACAAUCUUCUUCACACGAGGACGAGCUAUCCUCGGUAGCUGAGGGGAGACCCAUCAGUCGUGGCAGGUCAGGAAGCAGGGAAUUGGUCGCCGCAGCAGUCGGUUUAGGCGUAGGUGCGUUAGCAGCGGGAAGCCUCUCCAAGAGAGACUCGAGGAAGGAAGGGAUACCUGGCGAGAAAGCAAAAGAGGCUCGCAGGGGGACAGACUUUGAGGCUGAAAUAGGCGAACCAGAAAAUCCUCUCGACAGAGGAGGAAUGGAUGUCGAGGAACAAGAGCAUCGCCAGACAUCUGAGUCAGAACGCGCCACAAGAGCGUGGGAGCAUCACCAAGCUACGUCAUCUAGAAAUUAUGAGGCGGCUGCAAGUCAUCCGUUUGUGGGAGAUCUUGGCCAGUCUUCAGAAACGCCUAAGUACCGAGACAGCGCCAUCUACAUCUCUGGUUCUCCAAUGAUCUCGGAAGAGAUACCUUACCACCGUGCCGUACGAGACAGUGGUUAUCCAGAUACUGAGGCAAGCCCGAUUGUUGGUGAUGAGCUCGAGAAUCCAGACGACCCAACGGAGUUGGAAAGCGGUGUUGCCGCUGGUGAAAUGGUCGAGCAUGUGCAGCAUCGGCAUAGCCGGGCUCAUGAGACUGACCAACGUCAAAGAUCAACGUCCAGUAAUCCAUCCGAGAAAUCUGUAGAGGCUAAUUCGGACCAUGAUGUCUCGGUAUCAAGGCCAAAAGAGAGACGGAAACGUUCGAGGCGGAGAUCAGGGACUGCCUACGACAGUGAUGACUCUGCGGACUCUGGCUUUGACAUCCAGCGCCGUCGCCGUCGGCAAGCCAUGGUAGCAGAGCCACGAGAACCUUCUCCAGUGAGCUCUACCACUAAGGACAGAUCGUCGGCACUUUUCGAUACCUCGCCUUCGGCAAGGGAGGAGACAAUCGCCAAACCACAGGAUCAGGCUGUCUCGCCUCGUUAUAAUCCCGUCGGAGAAGAGCCUACUUGGUCAUUUGACCGCGAGGAAUCGCCACCACAGCGCUCAUCCGAGGUGUCGAGGGGAGGUAGAUCAGGCAACAUUCCUGCGUUUGCUCCCGAAUCAACAGACCACGACAUAUCUACAGGCAAUGAAGACACAGGAAUGUCAUUGUUUGGAGGCCCCCAAAGUUAUGAAAAUGACUUGCCAUCUCUUUCCAGAAGUCCACGUUCAAGCGAAAGCCGGGGUCGCCGAAGACUGAAUACCAUUUCGGAGGAUAGCGCAGACGGAUCACCGCUGCAUAAGAAAGACAAGCGCGCUGUGUCCGACGUUGGAUCUCCCGAAUCAGGUGUCAAAGGUCGAAGAAUGCGAUCACCAUCUGUCGAAGACGAUGUCGCUGGAGAAUAUGUAUCCACCCAUGACCCGAUUUCACGCCCGCCUUGGCCCGCAGCUGACGAGGAGAAGCGUGCAGUAGACGAGCGCAGCAGAAGCCGCAACUCAGAUCAGUUGUCCACUUUGUCGAGUCACCAUAGCGCGCUGCCAGGUGUUACGCCGAGGCACAGGGAAGAUGAGUAUCGAACAGCGAGUGCAGCGAGCAUGCGAUCAGAGAGCAGCAUUUAUGCAAUCAUCCGGACACCGGAUCAAGUCCGAUCAGCCAGUGGACUGAGUUGCCGUUCUUCUGGCACACCACCCUUGCGACGGGUCGACCGUAGCGCUAGCGGGGAUCUGCGGGGUGCCAGCAAAAAAAGCGAAGCUAAAUAUCGCGCUAAAAGCAGCUCUGAACUCGACAUUGGCAUUCCAUCUUCUUCAACCUACGACCCCGUCACUGAUAAAGGCAAAUCUCGUGCCGAUAUGGCUGAUGUCUAUGAGGGUUGGGGUGAUGUGCGCGGUCAAUCGCCAAUGUCUCCGACGCGUCCACCAAGUAUGCGCAAACGGCAAAGCAUGCAGCUCUUGGAUCUCGAGACCAGACUUGAUCAAAUAGUCUCGGAAAACCGACUACUGGCGAGUCAGAAGUUAACAGUGGAGAAAGCCUUGCAAGAGCAAGCACGUGAUCACAGCCAGGAACGGCAUGCCUACGAAGAAGCCAUGCAAGAGCAGAAGAUUUAUCUGACACGAAAAGAUUCCGAACUCAGCGAAUUAAAGCAGAUCAUCGAACAGCUACAUAACCAAGCAGCUCAUCUCACCGAAGUCAACGAGGGACUUGCCUCUUCCCGCGGUGUGGAUGAGGAGCACGAACAGAGGUAUAAUCAAUUACGCGCUGAGCACGCACACACCCACGAGCAAUGGCAACAAUCCACGAAGGAACUAGGGGACCUCAAAGAGCAGCAUACUCAACUAUCGACUGGUAUGGAGGACAUCGUUCGCCAUGAGGUGACUGUGGCCCUCGAAGAGAAAAAUUCUGAGUUGCGCCAAUUGCAAAGUGAACUUGAGAACGCCAAACAGCAAGUUCGAAAUUUGCAACAGCAACUAUUAGCGUCCAGGAAUAGUGAUGAUUUCGUCGAACGAGAUGAGGAUUACUUCGAUUCUCAGUGUCAAUCACUUUGCCAGCAUGUCCAGCAAUGGGUGCUGAGGUUCUCUAAAUUUUCGGACAUGAAAGCGUGCUACCUCGCCAGUGAAGUUCGGGACGAGAAAGUUGUCGAUCGCAUGGAAAAUGCAAUACUGGAUGGCUCCGACGUUGAUGACUACCUCUCCGAUCGAGUAAAGAGGCGCGAUGUCUUCAUGUCGGUGGUCAUGACAAUGGUAUGGGAGUUCAUCUUCACCCGCUACCUCUUUGGCAUGGACCGUGAGCAGCGUCAGAAGCUCAAGAAUCUUGAAAAGACGCUCCAGGAAGUUGGUCCUAUAAGUGCUGUGCACAAGUGGCGGGCAACGACUCUGACACUUUUAAUGAAGCGAGAAGCGUUUGAGAACCAGCGUGCCACAGAUACCGAAGCGGUUGUCCAUGAGAUCUACGACACCCUAGCUACUUUCCUUCCACCACCAUCUCAUCUUGUGGGCCAAAUACAGGAUUCACUCCGCAAAGUCAUAGAUACGGCAGCUGAUCUGUCAAUUGAGAUGCGUACCCAGCGUGCAGAGUACUCGAUGCUGCCUCCUCUGCAGCCCGAGUACGAUACCAACGGUGACCUAGCUCGAAAAGUGUACUUCAGCGCCCUUACCAUGAAUGAGCGCAGCGGUGCCACGUCCUCAAACGAGGCUCUGCAGGAGCAACACGCAGUCGUAAGAAUGGUUCUUUUCCCACUGGUGGUCAAGAACGAGGAUGAUGACGAGCAGAUUGUGGUCUGCCCGGCACAAGUACUGACUGCGGAGGGAUCAAAGGGGAAGAAGACGGUGAGGGUUAUGAGUGCGCAGGGAGGGAGGAGCGAGGCGAGUUUCGCGGGGAGCGACGUACGAAUGGAGGGAGGAAUGAUAUAG